AUGAAGACAAGAAAGGACAAAUGUCAACUCGCGAAAGAGGUUGCGCGUGCGGUUCGCGAAGAAGCCGCUGGUGGAGGCGCAAGAGUCGCGUGCAGUCCGUGCGCCCGCAUGACUCCCGCAGCCGCGCCUUUGCUGCGCACCGCACGAGCGGCUAAGGGCGCUCAACGAGUACCACACAGCAAGAUCGGCGCUUGUGUAGACCCACACAAUUUCUGA